AUGCCACCUCACCAAACUCGACCCCUUUCUGCCACAAGGUGUCGUUCAUCUACUCCUUCCUUCACCAAAAACGCCUCCUCCGCCUUAUCCUCCCACUAUGCGCCCACCAACGUUGAGGCAGAUUGUGGAUUUCACCCUGUCUACAUCAAGUUGACCACUGCGGCUAACUUUCCCCACGCCAAACGUUUGGAACUAGCGCAACCUGACUACGCAUGGAAGCUAACUUUGGCGGCCACUAUAUUAGCGGGAUUCGGAUUCGUUGCCUUCAGGAUGAUCAAUAAGGAUAAUUGGAAGCGAAAUUGCAAUCGAAACAAUAUUCGGGGCAUCAUUGAAGAUAAGCGACGUGUCUGGGGUUCUUUUGUUCAGCUAAAGCUUCAAAGGUGUUGUAUGUACAAGCCUCGAUGUGCAAUCGGUGGCGUGAGUUUGUGUCGAUGUCUCAUUGGUCAGAAAACUAUCGUCAUCAAAAACACUAGGAGUUGUUCUAUUCAAAAUGAGAAGAUCCGGUAG